CCCUUCUUCUUCUACUUCUUCUCCUCUGCCCUUUCCCUCCGCGCGCCACGCCUAUAAGAAUCCACCUGCACGGUCUCCUUGGCAGUAGUUUCCACCCCAUCUGAACAGCAACGGACGAUCAAGCCUGCCCAAAUUUCCGACCGAAUUUCGGCGAUCCCGAGAGAUGGGCAACUGCCUCCACAGCCACAGGGGCGGGGGCAGGGGGCGCGCCGUGCAUUGCGGCAAGAAGGGCGCGGCGCCGGUGCAGGAGCUUCCGCGCGACGAGGACUACUGCGAUGGGAAAGCGGCGCCUGCGUCGCCGGUGAAGGAGGUGAAGAUCAGGAUCACGAGGAAGCAGCUGGAGGAGCUGCUGCGGCGGCUGGACCAGGAGGACCCGUGCUUCGGCGGGGGAGCCGUCAUCUCGGAGCUCCUCUGCAUGACCAGCAGCUGCAACUUCCGGCACAGGACGACGGGCAACGGCGCCGGGCAGUGGAUGCCGGCGCUGCAGACCAUAGCGGAGUGAGAUUUCACUGAUAAUCCAUGGUAACAUGCAUCCCUGCUGCUAUAUAGUAUUGCUAGCUGGUUAAUUAGUACUCCGUAUACAGCAUGAUCGACCGCCUGCUAUAUACUUUGUGCUGUAUUAUAUCAUCGAGCCUGUUUGGAACGCCGGAAUUCUCAACGAAUCCUGCAUGUUCCAGGUUGGUCUGAGAAAGUGAAUAAAAAUUUAGUAGGGAAUUGGUAGUGAAUGUAAAUGGACAAUUGGUGGCUUGCUAGGAGAGGUCCUUCCAUUGCUUGCUAUGUAACGUGUGAUUUUGAACACUGGACUUGUACAAUUGUGUAUCGAGUAACUGCAGUAGUAUUGCCAGUACUUGGGUUAAUUAUUCAGCUCAUUAAUCAUAUAUAGCUUAUACAAAUAUGGCCUUCAGAUAUAUUUUCUGUUCUCAGAUUGGGGUUUGACCCAUCUGGAGAUAUUUUGUGUUCAAGAAAGAUCCAGAUGCAGUGACAAUCAACAUGAAAUACCUUCGUUCCGUUGAUGUCAAUAUAUGCUAGCCUGGCACUGUUGUAUACUACUAUGUGUCAUAGGCACAGUUCAGAUAUCAGCACUUUGUGAAGCAAGUGCAGAGGUGGCUGUGCUAUGCUGCUGCGGUUGUAGAGUCUGGAGAGUGGUUGAGAUGAUGAAUCAUCCUCUCCUUGUGGAUCGGUUGGAGCUUUCAUCUAGUCUCAAUUCUAAUGAUCAAGGUCUUUUCUAA